AUGCCCAAACUUUUCGAUUUGAAGUUUCCUGGGGAAUGCAGGACCCUUCCCGAAGGCUUCUGGUCAGCAGUGGACGUGUGGGUUAAGAAGCCUCACGUUGUCAAUAAGCGCCUUUGCGGAGUCAAAGAGACGGAGAGCAGAGAUGUGGACACUGAGGAGCUGCGCUCCCUGCUGGGAAACGUGGACCUCUGUCAGGAUGUGAUGUUGUUCCUCUCCAGAGGGAAUUCAUCCACACAAGCACACGAAAAAGAAACGUGGUCUUCCAGUGUCAGAACCUUCAUCCCCAAAGUGAGCUGUUAUGGACCAAAGGCGCAAAAAGAAGUCGUGCUGAAAGACUUUGACCUGCAACAGGUAACCUUUCUGCCAUUUGAGGAGGAUGCAGAAGGGCGUGUGUCAUUGAAGAAAGGCAACAUUCAUCUGAUCAGGCUCAUCAAUCAUGGUUGUGAAGACUGGGCUUUGGAGCUGCAUGUGCUGGCCGCUGAUGCGUGGUUCUCCGAUGGCGUUGCCUACCCGAAGCUGCCCUGGUUGUCCUCAGACCUGCUGCCCAAACUGGUGCGCUGGGCCGCCGAGUGCAAGGGCAGCGAGUUCAAGAGCACGCUGUCUCUGCUGCCCGUGGAGAAGUACAGCCUCAAGUACCAGCAGCUGAAGGAGAAGUACAAAGCCAUGGUCAAGGUUUGGCCAGAGGUUACAGAUCCCGAGAAGUUUGUGUAUGAGGACGUUGCUAUAGCAACAUAUCUCCUGGUGCUGUGGGCUGAGGAGAGAGCGGAGAGGGGCCUGGCGGACAGCCAGUCCUUUGUGGACCUCGGCUGUGGAAACGGCCUUCUGGUGCACAUCCUCACAAAUGAAGGCCACCCUGGAAAGGGCAUCGACGUCCGGAGGAGGAGGAUCUGGGACAUGUACGGCCCCCAGACCGUGCUGGAGGAAAAGGCAAUUACUCCAAGCGAGAGCUUCUUGUUCCCGGGCACAGACUGGCUGAUUGGGAACCACUCGGACGAGCUCACACCAUGGAUCCCCGUCAUAGCAGCCAGGCGAGAGAUGAGUCUGUUUGUGUUGGUUCCCAUUUGUGUCGUUCAACAAAUCUGCCUGUGCAGAGGCGACCACCUGAUGGCAAUGUCGUCUUACUCCUGCCGUUACUUUGUCCUCCCCUGCUGUUUCUUCGACUUCUUCGGGAAGUAUCAGAGACGCCAGUGUAAGAAGUCCCAGUAUAAAGAGUACAUUGACUUCAUCGCCGAGGUCGGCCAAGUGUGCGGCUUCAACACCGAGGAGGACUGCUUGAGAAUACCGUCAACCAAACGGGUAAAUGCAGAGAGCAAGCUCACUACAGGAAGGCUAGAGGGGUAA